AUGCCGUCGCUGCUCGAACAAGCCAGAUCUGGUGGAGGAGGGCAGCGGCGGCGCUGCCGUCUGCCGUCCAAGCCGCUGCCCUCUGAACGCCGUCCCCCAAAGAACUCCUGCCUCUGUCCAGUUGCGACGCCGCCGCCGCCGCCACCGUCUCUGCUCGAACCCGCGAGCCCUGCAGCUGCUCGCCACCACGCCGGAGCGCUGCCCACCUUCGCCCGCGACGACCCGCCGCGCUCCGUCUGCAGCCCGACACCAGCGGAUCCCGGGUCGGCAGCCGCGCCUCCGUCUCGCUCCGCCGUGCCUCCACCUGCGGUAACCCGACGCCAUCCGAGCCGCCGUUCUCUACACCUCGAGCGACGCUCACACCUUCGCGCCGUUCUUUGCCGGGCGCCGGACGUCCGCGCACACCGUCGUAACAACUCGAGCCACCGCCGCGCCUCCGCCCGCGACGACCUACCGCGCCCGCUCGCGAACCGACAGCACCCGCCGCCGCUGCUCCGACGCCGAACCGGCGGAGACGAACAGAUCCGGGAGUUGAUUGAACUCCGCCGCACCACCAGCCGACCCCGCUAG